ACCAACAGCGCUAUAGGAACGACCGCGGCUGCAUAUUAAUUUUUCGUUUUGUUUUUCAAAAUGGGUACCAAAAGAGUUUUAUUGACGGGAUUCGGCCCUUUUCCUGGAGCUGAAACUAAUGUAAGUUGGGAAGGUGUGAAAAGUUUGAACAAAGAAGGAAUUGAGAACGAACUCGACAUUAAUUUGUUUCAAGAGCAAAUAGAAGUGCGUUACGGCUUUGUCGAAGGGUGUGUGCCUAAGCUUUGGGCCAAAUACCAACCAGACUUAACUAUCCACGUUGGUGUAAAGCCUGGUAUUUCGACUUUAGCCCUAGAAUUACAAGCUUCGAGGGAAGGUUACGAUCGCGUUGACACCGCUUUCUCUUGCCCCGCGGAGCAAAAGCACUCGUGUGACGGACCAGAAGUCAUCAGCACUGAGAUGUGUCUGAAAGAGUUAGAAGAACAGUUUAAUAAAAGCUCCCCGGUUGAAGAACUUAAGGCUGAAGUAUCUAUCGACGCUGGCAAGUAUGUCUGCGAGUACACAUAUUACACUUCUCUUGUUCAUGGCCCACACUGCCCACAGAGAACUUUAUUCAUUCAUGUUCCCGUCAACAGUUGUCCUAAGCAAAUUGCUCUAUGUCUUGAGCACAUGCUUGAUGUUGAUGACAAAAUAUAUAUUCGCGGUAGUGAAAUGUAUGUGUUUACACAGUUGUUUAUACUUUUAAAACCAUGA